CAAACAAGGUGAAGAAGAGAAAGAAGAAGACAUCAACAUCCGUCCAUUCAUUCAUCCAUGGUAAAGAACAACAACAGGGGUUCAAGUACACAUGGCCCAGUGGGAGUUGGAGAUAAGGUGCAAUCAAGCCUACCCAAAUCCAUGCAAUGCAGGAAAAGGCAAUACAAAGGGGUGAGAAUGAGGAGCUGGGGCUCUUGGGUGUCGGAGAUAAGGGCACCCAAUCAAAAGACUAGGAUCUGGUUAGGCUCAUAUUCAACAGCUGAGGCUGCUGCAAGAGCUUAUGAUGCUGCACUCCUUUGUCUUAAGGGCUCUUCAGCUAAUCUCAAUUUCCCUACCUCCCCUUCAUCAGCUCUCCUUCCUGACACCCUUCUCUCCCCCAAAUCCAUCCAAAGAGUAGCAGCUGCAGCUGCAAAUGCUACAACCACCACCCCAUCAUCAUCAUCAUCACCAUCACCUUCAUCAUCAUCGUCAUCGUCAUCGGCCGGUCAUCAAGAUGAGAUCUUUGUGCCAAGUCUGAUGAGUUAUGAUCAACGUGGGGCUGAUGAUCUGCCACGUCAGAUCGACCCAUGGAUCGAUUUUGGCGAAUUGCAUUCACCCAAGUACCCGGAUCAGAUGAUCGGUGGAUGCGCUAUCUUUGCACCGCCUCCUCCUCUUGAGUGGGAUGACGAGGGCGACAUUCGUCUGUGGAGCUUUUGAUGGGGAUGAUCCGAUUUCUUCUUUGGAUUCUAUUCAUUGCUUUGAUCUUUGCACUGAUCAUUGGAGAGAUUAUUGACCGUUGAUCGGUUUCUUUUAUACGUUUUUUUCGUUAGUGUAUGUACGUUAGGAAGGACUCCAAAUGGAGCUACAUUUUUUGGGUUGUACCCGGAGUUUCUAUAUUUUCAUAUACUAUAAAUUUUUUUUCAUGGUAUUGGAGUUGGACCGUUAAACGUAAUAUCAUGUUAUUCAUUCGCAUUUUUGAAUAUUGGAAUAAGAUGAAAGAAAUUUCAAAUCCUU